UUAAGUGAAUUAAAAGUUUAUAAAAGUUUAAAGCUAAGUUUAACCUACAACUAUAAGAACAAUGGAUGCGGAAGACGGUUUUGAUCCCACUUUGUUGAAAAAGAAGAAGAAGAAGAAGACAACCUUCGACUUAGAUGCGGCAUUGGGUCUCGAUGAUGAAGGAAAGAAAGAGGAGCCCCAGGAUGAUGGCUCGAUCGAGGCCGGGGAGCCCGAGCUGGAAGAUAAUUUAGAUCUGGAAAGCUUUGGGAAAAAGAAGAAAAAGAAGAAGAAGCCAUUCAAUAUGGAUGAAAUCGAGGCCGCUGUGCCAACGUUUGGCUCCGACGAUGUUGUGCUCACGGAGGAGCCCGAGGAAGAGGAAAUCAACUUGGACAUGGACUUCUCCAUGGCUAAAAAGAAGAAAAAGAGCAAGAAGAAGGACUUGGAUGAGUUGUUCGCCGACAAAAUGGAUGAUGAUAAGGGCGACGACAAGGAAAAUGCGGAAGACAACAGUUCGACGUGGGCAGGUUCCGAUCGAGACUAUACUUAUGACGAAUUGCUAAAGCGUGUGUUCGAAAUAAUCCUUGACAAAAAUCCCGACAUGGCUGCUGGACGUAAGCCUAAAUUUGUCAUGCGACCUCCUCAGGUGUUGCGCGUGGGCACAAAGAAAACCUCUUUCGCCAAUUUCAUGGAUAUUGCAAAGACGCUCCAUCGUAUGCCCAAGCAUCUGCUUGACUUCUUACUGGCCGAGUUGGGUACAAGCGGCUCUAUGGACGGUAACCAGCAGCUCAUUAUAAAGGGUCGCUUCCAGCCCAAACAGAUCGAAAACGUACUGCGUCGCUACAUUAAGGAAUACGUGACGUGUCAUACCUGCCGUUCCCCCGAGACAAUAUUGCAGAAAGACACACGCCUGUUCUUCCUCCAGUGCGAAUCCUGCGGUUCUAGAUGCUCUGUGGCCAGUAUCAAAUCAGGUUUCCAGGCUGUCACCGGCAAACGUGCCGCCAUUCGAGCAAAAACAACAUAAAUAUUUUAUAUUUCUCUAUAUUUAAUACAUGCUUUUUUUAUUGAGUAAAAAUUCAAUACAAAAGGA